AUGUCGUCCUCUUCUGGACAGAUCGUUCGUAACCUCAGCAAAUCCACCGAUUACUCUUCGAACGUAUCGUCGUCAUCGGCUUCCUUCCAAGGGCUAAAUAACUCCAUCGAGAGCGGCCUUCAACGGCGAUCAGGAGGUAACGGUAGUUUUGGUGCAGGAUCAACAACGAGAACGGUUUCAGCGGCAAGGAAUAAUCAAGCCAAGAAGGGCCAGCACAAGAAACAUCACCGUCCUAAUUUGGUGAAUGAGGAUGCGUAUUCAGAAUCUGCCAUCAUGAGAUCUGCUACCAGCCGAAAGGGUCAGACAUCGAUCACCCACCUGAUGAGCUUUUCUUUACCUCCUCGCCCUCAAUAUCAUCCCAGUACACAUCGUCCACGCCGGAAUCCAACAUGGGGAAUGGGAUCCGGCUAUCAUGCUAUUGACAAAGCUCGAUACGUCCAUGCAAAUUACCGGUUCAUAGUGGAUCCUCGAAGGAACUACCACGCCCAAGCAGCAAAUGCUGACGUCCACUUGGAUUGGGAUUCGGUGCUCCAGGUGCUGGCAUCUGAACAAACGCAAGCUGCAAGCUGCCCAAUAUGCCUGGGCAUGCCAGUCGCACCUCGAAUGGCCAAGUGCGGUCAUAUAUUCUGUUUUCCGUGCCUUAUCCGGUACAUGCACUCGACUGAUGACGAUGCUUCAGUACCAGAGAAGAAGGCACGCUGGAAGAAAUGUCCCAUCUGCUGGGAUACAAUUUACGUCUCGGAUACACGACCGGUCCGGUGGUUCAUUGAACAAGAAACGAACACACCUGUCGAAGGCGGUGAUGUUGUAUUACGUUUGGUGAAGAGGAACCCUGGAAGUACUCUGGCUUUGCCCCGUGACGGCGCGGAAGAACUCCAUGCGCAAGAUGACAUUCCAUGGUACCAUGCAGCCGAGGUUGCAGACUAUGCGCGGAUUAUGAAAGGCGGGGAAGACUACAUGGUGUCUCAAUACGACGCAGAAGUUGAACUCCUGAACCAGCAGAGACAGGAAGACGAGCUUCUAUUUGGCGAUGACUCGACCUGGGUUCAGAAAGCUAUCAACAGUAUCAAGGACGCUCAAGAGAAGAUUCGGGGCAUAGGCAACCCACCACCUAGUGCACGUACCGAAAGGAAGCGACCUCAGACACAUUUUGAUGAAGGGUUAGUGCAGGAAGCCGAUAAAAGAGGUCUUGAAAAUUUGACCUAUAACGCUUCUACAUCGGAAUUGGUUGAUGAAGUAAUUGCUGGUGUAGAAGCAGUCAAUGUGGACGGAAGUGACCAUCCUGAAUCACAAAAGAAAGAGAAAUAUCCCUUCGCUGCUAAGACGUCGGCAGCUAGAGAUGGUGGAACUACUACUGACCAACCAUACUAUUUCUAUCAAUGCUUGCCUCACUUUUACCUCUCUGCUCUCGACAUACGAAUUCUCAAAGCUGCUUUUGGUGAUUAUUCAUCGUUUCCAGCCACCAUACUCCCUCGCGUCGAACACAUUUCGACCGGCCAUGUCCUAGAUGACGAAUUAAGAAAACGAGCCAAAUACCUCGGUCAUCUACCAUAUGGCUGCGAAGUGAGUUUCUUAGAGUGUGACUGGACAGACGUCGUGGUACCCGAAGUCUUGGAAAAGUUUCGACCCGAAAUCAAGAAACGCAGACAACGAAACCGUGAUAAAGAAGCACGCGAAGAGAAAGAUAGAAUACGAGCAGAGAAAGAAGAAGAAGAAAAACGAUGGGCAGCUGCUCGUCGCAAACGGCCCAGUUUCGGAUUCACCUCCGCCGAGCGCCCAUUCUCCGAUCAAGAUUUCUUACCCCUAAGUAGCGGCUCCUUUGACGCAUCAGCGAUCACAGAUAGUGAAUUCGCAGCAAUCUCUCCACCGAAUGGGUCAUUAACCAACCAAAUGCAAUCCCAUUUCGAAGCCCUCGCAUCACCAUCCACGAGCCCCCCCGUUGCGCGCACAGUAUGGGGUACAGCAGCCGUACAAUCCGACCCCGAUCAACAGCCAAUCCAUCGCGGCCCCGUCAACGAUGGCUGGCUACAGGGCUGGGAAAAAGAUUUUCUAGGCCACCGCGAAGCAGAGCUGGUUGCGCAGGCAACUGCUGAAUCUUCUGCCACUGCAUCUUCUGCUAGUGCCGGCGGUGGUGGCGGUGGGGGUGGUGGUCGAAAGAAGAAGAAUAAGAAGAUCACGUUGAUGUCUACUAAUAUUCAACGAGGCGCUUAG